AUGAACAUGCUACGUUAUAGUUACAUUGCCUACCUUUUACUCAAGGCCACCCUUUCCAAUGCGUUUGUUUACAAAUGGAUCUUGACGCCGAUGGGUUCCGGUACAGUUCUAAGGAUUGGAGGACUUCGUAUCGGGGACGCUCGUCUCGAAAGCGAUGGCCUAAUCAACAUUGAUAUGAGAGUUGGAACUGGUCAAUUUUCACUCAAUGAAAAUGAAGAGGAAGAAAAUUUACGCGGACUACCGUAUUCCACCCUAAACAAGCCUUACGAACUCCGAGCGCCGGUUGGAACAGAAAGUCAACCAUAUUACCCAUCACUUUACUUGCACAAUCUCGAUCUGAUGACUUGUGGAUGGACAAUCCCACCUGCUGCUCAACCCAUGAGGCUCAGGACAAUCGACGAAAACGUAGUGGGGGUGGUGAGCCGGCGAGGUUCACGUAUCUCGGUCCAUCAAUCCUCCUAUCGCCCCGAAGCGCCCGGCCCAUCUGUCCCAUUGGCCACGAUGAGACAGGGUGUUCCGACUGCUCUCUCGUCUUACCUGGACAUUCCAGGAGGCUUUCAAGAAAAAGAAAUCGUCGUAUGGAGACAUCGUUAUUCUCCUUUCUACGCAUGGGACAUUGAGAAACACAACAGCGAAGUCGAGAGGACUUUUUCCCACAUGGAAGGUGAAGGCGGCCCAUACGAUUUUGGUGUAGGAAAAGCAUUGUUGGAAUAUCACAAUAAUCACCAAGAAGGGUUCCGAGUAGAUUUCGAAGGCAAAGGACCUGUAGGACUUUUUGACUGA